AUUGAACCGGUGGAAUCAAGCCCGACCUUCCCGGCAGGGAAAAUACUGCGCGCUUCAUCGGUUCGCUCGCAAACGAAUCUUCAGACUCGCCGAAUCGACAUGGCGGACGGCGACGGCGACGGCGAGCUGGUGGGCAGAACCGCGUCCAUGACGACCGUGUCGCGGCACUUCUUCGGCGACGGGCCCGACGGACCGGCCUUCUCCAUCUCGAUUAUCGAGAACAUGAAAGAGGAGUACGGACUGUUCGUAUGGCCGUGCAGCGUCGUCCUCGCCGAGUACGUCUGGCAACAGAAAUCGCGAUUCGCUGGAGCCAACGUUGUCGAGCUUGGUGCCGGAACUUCUCUGCCUGGGUUGGUUGCUGCGAGAUUGGGCUGCGAUGUCACGCUUACAGAUGAUGCCGGCAGAUUGGAGGUGUUGGACAACAUGAAACAAGUAUCUCAAUUGAAUAACUUAAGUUGUAAGGUGGUAGGGCUCAGUUGGGGAGUUUGGGAUGAAUCCAUCUUCAGUUUAUUCCCUCAGUUUAUACUUGGAGCAGAUGUUUUGUAUGAGACAAGUGCUUUCGAUGAUCUCUUUGCUACGGUGUCGUUCCUUCUCCAAAAUUCUCCUGGAUCGGUCUUCAUUACUACUUACCAUAAUCGAAGUGGGCAUCAUCUCAUUGAGUUCUUGAUGGUAAAGUGGGGGUUGAAGUGCAGAAAACUUCUUGACGGCUUUUCAAUCAUGCCAUCCAGCAAGGCAUCCAAAAUAAGUGGCGACAUUCAGUUGGCGGAGAUAGUAUUGAAUGUUGAUAAGGCUUAGGCAACGUGAUACUUGGAAGAGACAGGAGAAUAAGCAGAAUGAGUUUCCUGACAGCAUCUCAUGUGUUUCUGGAUUUAUUUACAUAGAGCUGCUCUGGCUUCCAUCCUCUCUUCCAACAUGACCAUGGCAGGAGCUAUUGGUCUCUUGAUACGGUUGACUUCUUGCCACAAGAAAUCACUUCUCAUUCAUUUCCCCAGAAAGUUCCUGUAAGCCUUUGAUUUUAGCAAAGAACUUUAGUAGGCUUAUGAUUGGAGUGUGUUAAGUAGCCUUGUGAAAUUCUUUCCUUGAUGUCACCUCUCUCUAAUGGAUGAAAAGAGUAAGUGAGAACAUAUGGAGCUUGAUGUGGUAUCUAAGAGGAGAGAUUUAGAAUGCAACUUCCGAGAAAAUGCGUCCAGCUGUAAAAAAAGAUAAAAAAAGUCCCAAACAGCUGUUCAUGGUACGAUGUGCUAUCAAGGUGGAGAGAUUAAAUGCCGCAGUGGAGACCGGCCUGCCACUUUAGCAAAAUUGGCUGCACGGUCGCCAAAAGGACUUGAUUGCACCAAUUGCAAAUCAAUUAGGACAUAAUUGCACAUUGGUCUAAAUGUUUAGUAGGCCACUUGGUGCAAUUUUCCCUAGUUUUUAUAAACCUUUUCCUGGAGUUAUCUCUUAAGCAUUAUUUUCUCUUAUGUUGUCUUUAAGAUAUGUUUUGUCCCCUCUCCCGCAACUGGUUUGAGGCUCAUUUGCAGUGAGUUUCUAUUCUCAUAAUGUAAGCCAACCCCAGCCUGUGCUGGGCUCUUGGUUUAUUUAAUGGUCUAGACCAUGGCAUAUAUUGUAUCUACGGCAGACUGAUUUCUUUUUGUCGAGACUUGAUUACUGCUUGUUCGUAAAA